AUGGUCAACGACUGGUCUCAUCUGCUUCCCUAUCCGGAUCGGAGUGCAUUUCUAGAGGCAUGUACAGAAGCAGAAGCACACGAUGGGCGCCUCAAAACUGCAUUCGUUCGCUAUUUCUCGGCGUGGAAAACAAGUCUGAUGGCCGAUGAUCUAAGUAGACUUCAAAUGCUUUCUACAUGUGAGCAAAUACUAGAUUACGUCAGAGUCGUACGUGUCGAGGACGACUCUGACGAAUUCGAGGAAACAUUACCUUCCGAAUCCUCUGUCAUCUGGCCACGGUAUGAAGACGGACAGGUUGCUGCUGAAGCACUCGGCGUAGGACUCCUCAAGUCUAUGCUUGCGGUCAAGCAGCUUCGUCCCGAUAGGCUCGAGAUCAGGGAUAAGCGCACCUCAUGCGCGCCUUCGGAUACAGAAACCGCAGCACUCCUCGCUCGCAACAUCUUGGAUGGUGCUGACCUGACAAUCAAGGCGUUCAGUGUGCGAAAGGAAUCACCCAAUACAACCAUCACCGUUGCUGAGCUGUCCCCUGAACAUCAGGGCCGGGGCACGGGAUUUUCUAUCUUGCGAAAAGCGGAAUUAUGCCUCAGCAAGAACCUAAACUCGUAUUGGGCUGACCAAAUCCUCUACCAUGCACCAGCUCUCAAAGAGCUCUCACUCUCGUUCUGGCAGCCUCAUAACAUGCCUCAUACCACUCCAUUAACCCUUGGCAACCCUCCCUUACCAAAACUAGAGAAGCUAGAGCUCUCUAUAGCCAAGCUCUCCAUCCAAAGUAUCAUGGCAAUCCUGAGCAGGUCGGAGCAGAGCCUGACGGGCAUAUCGUUCCGUUUAACUACGCUUUUCAAUAAUUCAACUUGGCCGGAACUGCUGAACCGCAUUGGGAACGAGUUCUCUCACUUGGCUUGGUUCAAACUUACACACCUCUCAGAAGGGCCUACUAGACAAUCCCAGGUCACCUUCCAUGGUUUUGAAAAGGAUUCGGUUGUUGGAGAACCUUACAGGAACGGACUUAAACUACUGCAGAAAGGCCCUGCGGGUAAUAAACGCAUUCCUGGGGUCGAGUAUAGAGGAUCUGAUGCGAAUCAUGUGCUUAGGAUUGUUACUGGACGCGCGGUGACUGCAUCAGUCACCAAUGAAUAG